AGAUGUGGCGUUUCAGAUGAACAGCAACAGGAGCGACAUAGACUGACAGAAGCAUGAAGCACACACUCACACUGAAGCGCACAUGACCAGCACUCACAACACACACACUGCUGUUUUACAUCUGUCACUAUGGUGUUUGUAGCUCCGCCCUCUUCUUAGAAGAGCACAAUCUCAUUUGCAUUUAAAGCGACAUGCGGUCAACAAAACAUCACUAUCCAAGUGUAUGGUGUGUGAGUGUCAGUGUGUGUACGCAUCGUGAGGAUCAAAGUCUGAAAGGGUCAGUUCCGGAGAGCUGGAGAACAUUAUCUGUGUGCUAUUUUCAGCUAAAACUUCACACUCUUGAGACAUCAGAGACUUUACGUCUUGUAAAAAGGCCACAAUAGGUCUAUUUUAACACAUAUGUAACCACUAUUUCUGUCGUUUUCCUCUUUCAGAGAUGCUCUGACGGAUUCGCUCCAGCUGCUGCGCUGUGCAAGACUCAGACGCCGGUUCUCCGUCCUCACCCCCGCCAAGAGUGCAGCCUCAACAUGAAGAAGUUCUCGCAGGAGCUCAGCGAUUUCCUAAACUGCCCCUAUAAACAGAACACCAGCGAGCAGCAGUUCAACAGAAUGAGGCUGCAGUACUGCUGUAACGCCACACACUCAUUAAUCCUCACCAAACGCAACACAGCCGUCGAUCAUAUCAUCACUUAUGAAACUGAAGGGAAACGCACAUACAGAGUCAAAGCAGACCUUCACAAGAUGCUGCCAGAGGACUCCCCCUGGUCUGCUGGUGCUCUGGGUCUCUGUGCUGUUGUCGGCAGCAGUGGCAUCUUGAAGAACAGCAGCUGUGGACGCCAGAUCGACAGCGCAGACUUCGUCAUCCGGUUUAAUUUAGCGUUGGUUAAUGACAGCGAUGUUGGACUGAAGACAGAUCUGAUGAACAUCAACCCCUCUCAGAUUCUCACACAAUACAAAACCAUGGAGCAGGAUCCGGGUCCGCUAGUGGAGCGUAUCAGUGUGUACGGAAACUCCUCCCUCAUUAUUCCUGCAUUUGCAUAUGGGUUCUGCACCUCGCCAUCCCUCCGGGUCCUCCGAGUCCUGCAGCCAAUCAGACCUCAGCAGCCGGUGGUGUUUUUCAACCCACAUUACCUGCGUGCUCUGGACCGCUUCUGGAAGUGGCGUGGCCUGAAGGAGCCCCGCCUCUCCUCGGGAUUUAUUUUAAUUAGCGCUGCACUGGAAAUGUGUGAGCACGUGCACGUGUACGGAUUUUGGCCCUUCGGCACCGACCUGCAGGAAAACCCCGUUCCUUACCAUUAUUAUGACCAAAGUAAGCCAAGCCCAUAUAUGCACCGCAUGCCAGAGGAGUUUGUGCGUCUCCUGCAGCUCCACAGCCAGGGGGCGCUGACACUGCAUCUGCAGCCCUGCCACACACCAUAGAGCAGUAUUUCCCAACCCUGUUCCCUUAGGCACACCAACAGUACUCAUCAUUGGAUGUCUUCCUUAUCUGAGACAUCCAGGUUUUUCAAAAAGUUGAAUGCGGAUAAAAUUAAUUCAGAUUUGUGAUACGUGAUUAUGUAAUCCAGCUUACUUUUUGAGCCAGUUUUUCAAAGCAACAUCUGAUUGGAUCAAUCUGAUCCGGAUAGGAAUUUUUCAGGAUCACUAAAUCUGGAUAAGCAGUGCUCAAACAGGAGAGAAAAUCACAAUGUAGAACUCUAGAUAUGUAAAGAGCAGCAAGUAGAAUAGCUAGUGUGGGUCAAUAUAACUUUAUAUUUAUUUGAAAUAAAAAUACACACAUUUAAA